CACCAUCCUGCACACCAACGACAUGCACAGCCGGCUGGAACAGACCAGCGAGGACUCCAGCAAGUGCGUGAACCCCAGCCGCUGCGUGGGCGGCAUGGCCAGGCUCGCCACCCAGGUGCAGCGCAUCCGCAGCGCCGAGCCCCACGUGCUGCUGCUCGACGCGGGCGACCAGUACCAGGGCACCAUCUGGUUCACUGUGUACAAGGGAGCCGAGGUGGCGCACUUCAUGAACGCCCUGGGCUACGAUGCCAUGGCACUGGGAAAUCAUGAAUUUGAUAAUGGUCCAGAAGGUCUGAUUGAUCCACUCCUCAAACAGGCCAAAUUUCCAAUUCUGAGUGCAAACAUUAAAGCACAGGGGCCGCUUGCAUCUCAAAUAGCAAACCUUUACUUGCCGUACAAAAUCCUUUCUGUUGAUGGUGAAAUGGUGGGAAUUGUUGGAUACACUUCAAAGGAAACUCCUAUUCUCUCAAAUCCAGGACCAAAUUUAGUAUUUGAAGAUGAAAUCACUGCAUUGCAACUUCAAGUAGAUAAGCUGACAACUCUAAAUGUGAACAAAAUUAUUGCCCUGGGACACUCUGGCUUUGAAAUGGAUAAACUCAUUGCUCAGAAAGUGAAGGGUGUGGAUGUCGUGGUGGGAGGACACACCAACACAUUUCUUUACACAGGCAACCCACCUUCCAAAGAGGUGCCGGCUGGGAACUACCCAUUCAUAGUCACCUCCGAUGACGGACGGAAGGUUCCCGUGGUCCAGGCCUACGCAUUUGGCAAAUACUUAGGCUAUCUGAAGGUUGAGUUUGAUGCAAAAGGAAAUGUCAUCACUUCGCACGGAAACCCCAUUCUUCUCAACAGCAGCAUUCCUGAAGAUAAAAACAUAAAAGCAGACAUUAACAAAUGGCGGAUAAAAUUAGAUAAUUAUUCUUCCCAGGAAUUGGGGAAAACAGUUGUCUACCUGGAUGGCUCCAGUCAGUCAUGCCGCUUCAGAGAGUGCAACAUGGGCAACCUGAUUUGUGACGCUAUGAUUAACAACAACCUUAGACACUUGGAUGAAAUGUCCUGGAGCCACGUGUCCAUGUGCAUUUUGAAUGGUGGUGGCAUUCGGUCUCCCAUUGAUGAGCGGAACAACGGCACAAUCACUUGGGAGAGCCUGGCUGCUGUGUUACCCUUUGGAGGCACCUUUGACUUGGUCGACUUAAAAGGCUCCACCCUGAAGAAGGCCUUUGAGCACAGUGUGCACCGCUACGGCCAGUCCACUGGAGAGUUCCUGCAGGUGGGCGGAAUUCACGUGGUGUAUGACCUUUCCCGAAAACCCUGGGACAGAGUGGUCAAACUAGAUGUUCUUUGCACCCGGUGUCGAGUGCCUAGUUACGAGCCUCUCAGAAUGGAUGAGGUAUAUAAGGUAGUCCUCCCGAACUUCCUUGCCAAUGGUGGCGAUGGAUACCAGAUGUUAAAAGAAGAGGCACUACAAUAUAACUCAGGUGACCAAGAUAUCAGCGUGGUUUCUCAGUACAUCUCAAAAAUGAAAGUAAUUUAUCCAGCGAUUGAAGGUCGGAUCAUGUUUUCUGCAGGAACUCGUUUCCAUGGAAACCUUUCUCUAAUGUUUCUCUCAAUUUUGGCAACAAUCAUUGUUUUAUACCAAUAGCCCAAAACUCUCCUUGCCAUAAAUGUGUGAAACUGUGUUUUUUCUCAAGUGAGAUUCAAGUCUGCCUUUUAGGAACUUUCUUUGUAAUGGCACAGACCAUCUUCAGAGGCUCCUAGAAGCUGAGCUUAGAAGAUCACAAAUGAAGACACUGACAUCACCAUUCAGAAUCGACAACUUAGUGAACACACAGGAAAAGAAUUUAAAAUGAGCCCUAAGAGAGGAAGGCCAACCAUCUUUAGUUUACAUAUUCAAAUUUUAAGCUGUUCAGAAUACUUAAUGGUCUCCUCUAUUCCCGGAUGACAAAUCUCUGCUUUAUUUCUGGUCUCUAUUUUUCCCCUUUUUAGCCCUGUUGUUAUAGCAAGUUGAAAGGACUAAGCCACAGGGUAGUAUCCU